GCAGGAAGUGGUGAGUGUGGGCGGUCAGCGGCGUGGACAGCGCAUUACUGUGCCUGUUAAGAAACUAUUUGCCAAGGAGAAGCGUCCUUACGGGCUUGGCAUGGUGGGCCGACUGACUAACCGCACAUACCGCAAACGUAUUGACAGCUAUGUGAAGAAACAAAUAGAAGACAUGAAUGACCACAGGCCUUUCUUCACUUACUGGAUCACCUUUGUUCAUUUGCUGAUUACCAUCUUGGCGGUUUCCAUCUAUGGAAUUGCACCUGUGGGCUUCUCACAACAUGAAACAGUUGAUUCUGUCUUACGAAACAAAGGUGUUUAUGAAAAUGUCAAAUUCAUGCAGCAAGAAAAUUUCUGGGUUGGACCAAGCUCG